AUGCGGCGUCUCAAAAUGGUCUUCAGGUCUGGGUCUGAGACACCUAACCCUGCUUCAUCUCGUGCUGUCUGGCCACGACGGCGCCAAGGGUCUGAGGAAGACCCAUUGAAAUCUCAACCAGAAGCCGCUUCGAGUGAAUUACAACAUGGUGAGCCGACAACCGAAGCAAGACCCAACACUGCCCAUAAGCCAUCCUCCUCGGCCGGAGUAGCUCUCGUUGACGAUACCGAAACUGGGUCGAAUGCUCAACAAGCCCACGACACUGGCAAACUUCCUCGAUCCAAGAAUGGCACUAGGCGUCUGAAGAGAAUGGUUGCUCGCUUGCGUGGCAGCUUAUCUCAAGACGAUGAUCCCAUCACGGAUACACAGCCUCAACCCGCGCAAGAGAGGACCUGCACAGAGAGACCGAGCUCCAUACCUUUGUCCUCCAAUCCCAUUGAGCCCGAUGCUGCCGGGAAGUCGUCCACAGCCGUUGGCAAGUCUGUCAGGUUCAAUGACCCCAAACAAAGGCGAAAGGGCAGCGGUCAGGCGAUUCAUUCUAAGGAGUCCAGCCAGACCGAGGACAACGCCUGCCGUGACCCGGCCCAGCGCAUCACGAUGCCUUUUCAGGAGGAACCUUUCGAGGAGUGGGGAUGGCCGGGACUGAUGCUGUAUUACCCGGAUAGUGGCAGCAAUGCCCAAACUCAUACCCCCGAGGCUUCGGAUCCGUUCUCGGAUGGGAAGGCCACCGACGUCAGACCAGUAAAUCCGGGAUCUUCGAGGCAUAGUGCAGGCACGAGCCGAGAGGAAUCAUCUCGGGCUUCUGAAGGGACGCUGGAGCCUAUCGCCGAGACUGAUUUCGACACACUUGAACCAGUUAUCGAGCCAGUUGUCGCAUCAGCCGAGCCCGAACAUGCGAAUUCUCAGAGAGCAUGUUCGGCCACCAGCCAAGCAAGUCAAGUAAGUUGGAGUAGCACACUUGACGGGCCCAAGGCGACCUCAGCCUUCAACCAGAUGACAUCUCAGUUGGGCAUCCCAAUUACCAUUCCAAGUGAUGAUACUCCAUGUCUUCCAGUAGAGGGAGAUCCUGCCACCGAGGAACAGGGCCCGAGUCGUCGUGGAUUCGGGUUGUUGGGGAAAGUUCGCAAGGUGCGAUCCAGUUUGGAUGCCGACACAACCCCUUUGGCACCCCCUCCAAAGCUACGACGAAUGAAAACAUUCGCAAAUCUGCGCCGUCCCACUCCGAUGACUUCGUUGCAAGGAAGAUCGAUCGAGACUUUGGCCCGUCUGGGAGGACAUGGCUAUCUUAUGCUGACGGACUUGGCCCCCAGUCCUGUGCAGCUGCCGGCGUAUCUUGUGGCAACGCUGAUGUUUCUGCACAAAUAUGGUCUGGACACUCCCGAGAUCUUCAUCCAGCCCGGCGAUCUGAAGGCCGCGAUUCGCUUGUAUGACCACUUUGCUAGCCAGGUGCUAGCGGCGGAGAAAGAUGAGGCCAAGAUUUCCCUUACCAUGCGGGUGGUUGCCAUGCCCCCGCUCCGUGAAGAUUCGGCGCCGGUAUUAAGUGUGGCCUGGGCCUUAAAGGCCGUCCUGGCGGGGCUUCCCAACGGGAUCCUCGGGAGUGUCCGACUCUACCAAGUUUUGCGGGCAAUGUACUAUCACUCCAUCCCCAAUCACCCCCAUCAACUCCGUGUGCCCGACUGCCUCUCCGAGGCGAGCCCAACGACUGCCGCCCGAGUGCAACUUAUGUGUCUGGCGCUCAUUGCCCUUGCUCAUGAGAUGCAGCGCGAUCUGAUCUGUGCGGUCUUUGGGCUACUGUCCAUGCUGGUGAAUGCGGCGACCACGGUCCCGGACCAACCCGGGAUGGAGCUCCGUGAUUCAGUGGCGAAUCCGAACUUCCACGAGUUGGCGCGGGUGGUUGGACCACUCCUCCUAGGGCCCAGACAAGAGACCCGAGAAGCCUCGCUCGAGGUGGAAAAGGAGGUUGAUGAUCAACGCGUGGCAGGUUUAUUGCUUAAUAAUUGGCACUUUAUGCACCGACAAUUGCAACACUGGACAAGUCGACGCUUUGUGGUGGGGUAG